AUGGCCAGAGACAACGAGUCCGAGUUCAGCGCGCUCAACGAUGAGGACUGGAGGGUUCAGGAGCAGCGCGAUGACGCAGCAAUCCAGCAAAUUCAAGAGGGCCUUGCCAGCGGCGUCGGCGAGUUUCUCUCUAAGAUUGAGCAGGGCGCCGAAUUCGACCAGGCCGGCAAAGCCGAUGAUGCUGUCGACUAUGAAGACAUCGAUCUCAGCGACGACGACUUACCCGACGAAGAGGCUCCUCCAAGCGGCGCCAGCGGCGAUGGCCCGGGCCUGACCGAUGACAAUGACGACGACGACCUCUUCGGCGAAAAUCUCCCGUCAUCCCCUGUGGCCGCUGGAGAUUUUGCCUCGUCUCCCCACCCGAUCGAUGCCGAUGAAGAUGACCGCAUGCACAUCGACAGCCCCCCGCGCGAAUCCCUUGAAGAUCUCAUAGCUCUUAACUUUGACCACGGCCCUAAGCCCAGUGAUGCGAAUCAGGAUCCCAAUAUUCCCCCGCCCGCUGAGACCCUCAUCGAGGCCGUGAAGCAGGCAUUUCCGGGCUUCAAGGAAAAUGCCGUGCUUCCAUGGAACGAGCUCCUGCGCCCAAAGCAGGCCCACUGGAUUUCCAAGAAGCCCGCCAAGCCCCCAAAACCGCUUGUGCCAACGAAGCUCAGCCUGGAACUGGAUGCUGACCAAGAAAAGCUAUUUCGCAUUCCUGGACCGGCGUCAUUGUCUGUCUACCAGAAGAUCAGAGAUGCCGAAGCACGCGUCCUCGUGUGCCUCGAGGAGCCCGAACCUCUGGAGCAGGCAGACCUUGAGGUCUUCAACCUAGAUGACGAGGAUGAUGAGGUUGUGGGUGGCUACACCCUACGCGACAUCGCCCUGGUUUGCGACGACUGGGAUUCUAUGAUCCGCCUUGGCGACGCCCUCGCUGCACAAGCCCCCGCCCCCAACAAGGUCGAUCACAUCUCCGACAACAUGCUCAUUAAGACUGAGGUUGAUGGAGAUGAUGAAGACUGGGACAGAAUGUUCCUCGACGCCCCGCCUAAGAAACGGCGUCGCGAGAUACCCAAGGGCCUUCCCUCGGUUCCCCGCUUUACUGCGCCCAAUUUCGACAACUUCGAGGAGGCCACUUCCAAGCUCGCCAAGCGCGUGAUCCUCGAUAUGAACGACCCUUAUCUCCUCAUCGACGAUGUUGAGUCCGAGCGCGUCGCCAAGAGACGUAAAGUCCAGCACAAGACGGUACGCAUGGCCAAUGGCCGCCUUGGUCGAGAGUUGUCGCAGCGCUUCAAUUUCUCGUCGGAUACCGCCUACGACGCGUUGAAGGAGAACAGCCAGAGCAAGGUCCGCGCCACGCUGGCCUCCAUCCCGGUUGAGCACAGCAUGACGGCAAUGAAGCUCUCAUGGCCCUACUACAAGGUGAAGCUCUCGGCAAGCGACCCCCACAGCUACCAUCGGCCCCAGUUCCACCCGCGAAAGGACGCCUUCCACCCGAUCAGGUUUAAGCCACCUGCGAUCAAGAAGAAGAAGCAACUCAAGGGCAAGCGAAUCUGUGAGAUUUUCCAGUCGUCGGCCGACCUCACCAUGAAUGACAACUCGAUCGCGAUACUCUUUGAGUAUUGCGAGGAGAUCCCCAUCGUCUUGUCGAAUUUCGGCAUGGGCCAGAAAAUCAUCAACUACUACCGCCGCUCUAAGGGAACAGACGCGAGGCCCGAGAAACGGGAACUUGGUGAACCGUAUAUCCUCAUGCCCGAGGACCGCUCUCCCUUCGCCAUGGUCGGCCAAGUCCACCCCGGCGAGACGGUGCCCACGCUGCACAAUCAGAUGUUCCGCGCUCCCAUUUUCAAGCAUUCCCCGAGAAGCACCGACUUCAUCCUUGGUCGGAGCAGCACAGGGAAAUCGGGCUCCACGUGGUACCUUCGGAAUAUCGAUCACCUGUUUGUGGUGGGGCAGAUCCUGCCAUCCAUGGAGGUACCUGGGCCGCACUCCCGCCGCGUUACUAACAUCGCCAAGAAUCGGCUCAAGAUGGUGUCGUAUCGACUUCUGCACCGCAGUGACAACGUCACGUUGACCGACAUUACCCGUCAUAUUGCCGAUUCCAACGAGUCGCAAAACCGUCAGAAGCUCAAAGAGUUUCUAGUGUUCCGUAAGGAGCAGAGGAACUGGGUGCUUCCCGAAGGAGAGGAGCUCAUGCCCGAAUCCGAAAUUCGAGGGCUCGUUCGCCCGGAAGAAGUUUGUCUCCUAGACGCGAUGCAGGUCGGUGCCCACGAGCUCGAGAAUGGCGGUUACGAAGUGAACGACGCCAUUUUUAAAGACGACGACAUGUUGGAGGGUGACGAGCUUCCCCCGGAUGCUCUCGCUAACAAGAUGGCACCGUGGCGGCUUACCAAGGCUUUCAUCGACGCGAGCCAUGGCAAAGCCAUGAUCGCCGUCCAUGGCCCUGGAGAUCCAACAGGCAAAGGCCUUGGCGUCAGCUAUCUGCGAACUUCUAUGAAGGGGGGCUUCCUGGAACAGCUUCACGGCCCGCUUGCCACGUCUGCUGACGCUAUCGAACGCCAGCGAAAGGCUAAUGGUGGCCACAUGUACAAUGUCAAAAAUCAGGACAAUCUCUACACCGAGUCCCUCCGCGACAUUUGGACGCGGCAGAAGCAGAGUCUGGAGGACAUUCAGGAGCACGACGACGACGACGUUCUCGCCCAGGAGGAUGAAGACGAGCGGUUCAACGUACAGAACCAAACGGGCCCGACUGCAACCGUGCCUGACGGCGUGAGCCAAGUGAGCCAGAGCCAGGCUAGCGCCCUGAACUGGCGCAAGCUGAAGAUCAUUCGCGAGGUCAAGGGCGAGGAUGGCCAGAUCCAGACCGUCACGGAAAUCGUGCAUGACCCUGUCGUCAUUGCGCAAUACAGCAAGAGGAGGCGGCAAAUGGAGUUUGAGAACAUUGACAUAUACAACGUUAAGCUCACCGGCGACCCCGAGAAAGAUGAACUUAUCCUCGAGAAGGCCCGCAUCGAACAGGAGCGUCUGGAAAAGAACAAAGAGCGACGUAAGAAGCGCGAGAAACAGAAGAAGCUCCAGCAAAAGAUGCGGGACGGCGGCGCCGGCGGCGACGAGGGCUCGCCCGAGCCGUCCACGGAGAAAAUCACGGGCACAACCCGCAAGUGCGCCAACUGCGGCCAGGUCGGCCACAUCAAGACCAACAAAAAGUACGUAUGUCCUUGCUCCCAAAAGGAGACAGCCAAGGCCCCUGAGAUGGAGGCAGGUAAAAGGGGUCAGAGUCUGUCCGGCAUUCUUCCCUCCAAGUCUAGCAAGCGCGACUACAGUUAUAGGCCCACCCAAGACCCCCGCCAGGGCGACAGGUUCUGGGAUCCCCGAACAUGGGAUACGAAGGCCUUCCAAGACAAGAUGGACCCCGCGCCUCUACCUAAGGGGAAGCAGAAACGACUUACGUGGGAAAACGAUGAGAACGAGGGCUUCGGCGAGGAGUAG